GCGAGUGCGUAUAUGCGUCUGUGCGCGGUACCUACCUAUAUAUUAUUAUUAUUAUUACGUCGUAUACCGUUCGUGUGUGGUAGGUAAUAAAAUACGUAGGUAGGCGUUAUAUACUUUUAUUUUUUAGGAAGUUUCUAAGUUUGAUAUAAGAAAUCCUCUAUACAAUGGAACGGCCUCCGUCGCUUUUGCCGUACAUCUACUGCGCGACGUCGUGUUUGCUGAUGAUGUCAACCGUGGCGACCGCCGCGACUGUUACCGUUAACGUUACACAUCUGUGCGAUACACGGCCCGCGGUAGCCUCGGCUCGGCCUACCACCGACAUUGGUAUGACGUCUCUGUCACCGCCUAAUGAGCUGACGACGGCUCGGUCGUCGUCACCGUCGCCUACCGAAAACCCGACAUCUUGGUCAUCAUCGAAAGCUAUCGAAAACCUAACGUCUUGGUCGACGGCACGACCUAUUGGAAACUUAACGUCUUGGUCGUCGCCGCCACUUCCCGAAAACCUUACGUCUUGGCCGACGUCACCCUCACUGCCUAUUGAAAACCUUACGUCUCGGUUGUCGUCGCCAUCUUUUGAAAACCAGACAACAGUGACGCCGUUGCUAUCUACUGAAAACUCAUUAUCAGUGUCGUCACCGCCACUUAUCGACAACCGGACGUCGUCGUCACCAACUUUUGAUAACCGGGCAUCGUCGUCACCACCUACCGACAACCAGACGUCGUCGUCACCACCUACCGACGACCGGACGUCGUCAGCGGCCCGUAUAACCGAGUUCCUGUUAGCCGUCCGUAAACCGGGGAUUAUGGGUUUCACGUAUGCCAGCCGGACCGCCGUGAGAAGGAGAUCGUCCUCGUCGCCGGACGCAUCCACCGGACCAGUGGCACUCGAGCAGAUUGCAGCGUUCCCCAGUGCCAAGUUCCGCGAAAACGUCAAGCUGGACCAACAGACGUCGAGGUCCGACAGCGGCGAAGGAUCAGGGACCGCGGCCGCGAUCGACCUGUUCGGCGUAGGGAUCGUGGUCGGUGACGUCGGGCUCAGGUUUAUCGGCGUGGCUGAGGACGCGGUCAUGUGGCACAGCGUGCCUGCCGAGCUCGUCCUUGACCUCUUUAGCAACCCGUAUGAAUGGGACGUCGUGGCGAAAAAAAUACUACCGUACGAAUGGCCACUGGCUGUGGUCUGCGCCUUAAUGAUAUUCUGCGGUCUGAUACUAGCACGAUACGGCGUGUAUUGGCAGAGGCGGUACAAAGAGGCUAAGUGGUUAGGAGACACUGGCUGGGAGUCGGGUUGCAAAAAGGGUGUGCUGGUCAUUGCCAUUCAAAUGCUUCUACUAAUGUUAGGAGCCGGUGCUUGCGGACUGCUGGUAACAAACGAGACCAUGGGAUCUGCUGUGUCAAGUGUUGGAGACCUAUUAGAAUUUGGUGUCGGUGAUUUGGUGGACAUGUUCUCCAUUACUCAAAAACAAAUCAGGACCAUAACAGUCGGAUCAAUGGAUUCGACGACCGAUGCGAUUUUCUCAAAAUUAGACGACAUAGCAGAACAAUUGGGAGGACCAAUCGAAAAUGAUAUAUACGGCCCUAGUCAUAGAUAUGGUUCCAGGAACAAUGUUUCUAGAGUAGUUCAAGACUUUCAGAAGAUAUUUCCAAAAGCAAGGGAUGUAAUUUCCCAAGCCGAAUUAGUCAGAGAAGACAUUAUUAGGUACAACAAACAAAUUAUCGAAUUGAACGUUGAACUUCAAAUGGUACCCGAACGAUGCCCUCUUGAAGUUUCCGCCAUGUGUGAUAUGAUCUCCGGUAACAAAUUGCACCCAGAUAAUUAUACGUACUUGGAUGAUUUGAUAAAUGUAGUUAGAGGCGUUUUAGAAGUAGAAAACGACGGGCUAUCGAGUCUACCAUUAACGUCGGCCGAAAGUGCCAACAUUCCAAAGGCUCUAUACGAACAGACCGAAAAAGAGAGAUGGCGUAUAAAACAAGCUUUGAUGGAUCGCAGACGUCAAUUAGAAUUUUCAAUAUAUCCGUAUGAAAGUCAUACGCGUAAACUCGUUUCAAAAUUAAUGGACAUGAAAGAGACAGCUAACAAUUACUUUAUGCGCCUAAAACAAAUAGAGGCGUAUAGGUGGUCCGCCAGCAUUGGAAUAGCAAUCGCUGCACUUUUAGUUUGGAUUUUAUUAGCAUGCAGUAUUGUGGUAAAUUAUUGUUCGCACACGACUUGGGCAAAAUGCUACUUCUUUGGCUGCGUGAGCACAAUGAGAUUGACCAGUUUGGUACUUUGGACAUCGGCAUUAGUGGGUUUAAUAUUGAGCAGCAACGGUGAAGUAAAUAUUUGCAGACCGUUAUAUGACGAACCUAUGUACGAAACCGUAACAAAAAUAAUGGAUUGCCCGGCCAUAACAAAUGAACGUGGAUUCUUUUCUUGGUUCAUCUUUGGAAACGAAACAUCCACGGCUCCGUUCAACGAAGUCAUCGAAUCGUGCAGAGAAAAUCGUACAGCGCACGCAACAUUUAAUUUAAACAAAGUGUUUAACGUGGACGCAAGUUCAGAUUACAACAAAUGGCCAGGUCUUAUGGAUGCUCUAGAUAGUCUCAAAACCAAAAGGGUCCGCGUAGAAUUGGAUCUAAACAGACCACCGUCCACGGCCGAUGCAUUGAGACCGAUUGCCGAAUCAACAAACUUGGACUUUGAAAAGUUUCGAAGUCUCAUUUUGGAGUCUUCGUUGGCUCUUGGACGCGUGACUUUGCUACGCGAUCAACUCCGUGCACUUUCGACACAAACCGCCUCUUUCUCCAACAUGUUUAAAAUGACAUUGAAGCGAGUCGUGACAAAUAUUACAGAUUUAGUCGAAAAUGUGAUGAGCCCAAUGAGUCAGAAGAAAAAUAUUUUACUAUAUCAUUUAACAUUGAUGGAAGUUGAAAUGCAACCGCUAUCAGAAUCUUUAAACCGGACUUGGGCAAACGCGUAUACUAGAAUCGAAAAUUCCGAUUUCGAUCAAAUACUGCGAAAGAAUAUGGCUCAAUACACAAACAAUUUGAAAGUGCUGUUGGACAAAUAUAAGGUUCACGUAACUGAAGCAGUAAAAACAGAAGCGGCAUCGUGCAGACCCGUAUGGAAUGUGUAUCGAAUUGGAAGAGAUUUAGUUUGCAGGCAAGCUUUGGACGCCUUGAAUGGAUUUUGGCUUAUAUGUUUUUUCAUCGCAAUGUCGGUUACCGUCGCAAUACCAGUCGUGAAAAAUUUGAAAAUAUUUCAUAAGUCUCCGCUAACUUCUAUGUCACUUUAUACCAUACCUCCACCACCGGCAAUGGAACUUAUGAGCACGAGUAGUUAACUUUAAAAAUGCCAAACGUUCAUCAAGUAAAAAUAUUAAAUUAGAUAUUAUGCAAAAGUUGAAUAAAUAAUGUAUUAGCUCAAAUCAAACUGUACGAAAAAUAUUUCGAAACCAUUAUCUACAUUAACAUAAUUCAUUCCUACGAUUUGUAAACCUAUAAUAAUUAAUAUAUUGUAAUAUGUUUUGAUUAGAUUUUUUAAUAUUUUUAAUGUUAUCAAAAUAUAAAAUAUAGGUAUAAAGUCUAAUAUAUUAUAGAUAUACGAGGUAAUUGUAAUCUAUAUUUUUAAAUGUCAUCUGUUUAUAUAAAUUAUGUUAAACUAAAUAAAUUAUGUUUGCCAGCGUAUUAUGAUAUAAAGGAGUUUGAUUGUUAAAGUUUAUAUUACAGCAUGGUACACUCGGUGACGUGCAAUUAUUUUAUCAAACUUUGUAAGUAUAAUUAUUUGAGAGAUAUAAUUUAAUAAGCUACCUAUUACUAUAUUGUUUGUUAUUCUUGCCACCACACCAUUUAAUAUAAUAUACUGCACUGCCUUGCCGCUAAGCAAUCUGUCGACAGUGUUUAUUCUAAAAAUUCGAAAUUUAUGAUUGAUAUUUCUUUGUAUCUCGAUAUCUUGGUAAGUAUAAUACAAUAACCCGUGAACUAAUUGUAUAAAAAAUCAAUAAAAUCUUAGUAAUUGUA